CGCGCGCGGUGUCUCCCUUUACGCACGCGCACAGCGCUCGAUAUUGAACGUGGCCGCUCGCUCGCUCGCUCGCGCUCGGUCGAUGACAUCGGCUGCGCGUCACUGAAGGCUGUUGCUCGCGCGUAGUGGACCUAGAGGAGGAUCUGAUGAAGGUGAGGCACGGUCUGUCUGCUCGUUUACCGUUUACGCGCGCGACACCUUCGACUCGUGGCAGCUCGACGGCGUGAGCACAAGCGCGAGCGAGACCGAGACCAUGCCGUAGAGCUGCAUGAACGAACUCAAAGUUUGCCGCGCAAUCAGGCGGAUGAGUACAGCUGCGAAUCUGAGGCGCUUUAUACAGGAAACAACAACGUAGUGGAAGAUGAAAUCUGCAGGAGUUGGCGAUGGAGGACUCUUCACAGAGAGCUACUGUAACAUCUGCAAUGCUCAGCUCAUCUCUGAGUCACAGCGUGUUGCGCACUAUGAGAGCAAGAAACAUGCCAACAAAGUGCGUCUGUUCUACAUGCUCCACCCAGAAGAUGGUGGUCCUCCUUCUAAAAGACUGAGACCAGACAACCCGGACAGCGCCGAGAAUGAGGUGGACAGGAACAAAUGCUGCACGCUCUGCAAUAUGUUCUUCACAUCUGCCAUCGUAGCUCAGUCGCACUACCAGGGUAAAACACAUGCUAAGAGAGUACGACUUGUUCUGGGAGAGCAGCCCAGCUUACCUACCCCCACAGAUUCAACUGCAAGCACCCCUCAGGCUACAGACCCAGCACCGCCACCUUCACCCUCAUGGCCCUCCAUGGGCAACAAUGGAGAAGCAGGCAAGUACUGCUGUCUGUGUGGUGCUUGGUUCAACAAUCCACUGAUGGCACAGCAACAUUACGAAGGCAAGAAACACAAAAGAAAUGCAGCAAGAGCACGACUCCUGGAGCAGCUGGCAGGCAGUCUGGAUGCUGCCGAGAGCAGAGGCCUGCGUAGCAGCUACUCAUGCAGCAUAUGUAAUGUGGUUUUGAACUCCAUUGAGCAGUACUAUGCACACCUCCAGGGCUCAAAACACCAAAACAAUCUGAAACAACAACAUCAGCAAUGAAAAUUAAUGCUGGACAUAACAGAGGCAUUGCUACUGAAGCGCUGAAGAAAACAGGAAAUGGAUGUACUUACAAACAUUUGUGGAGAUGCCCAGGGAUUAAAGGGACACCUCGGACAAUACCUUUAUCUUUCACUGAGUUUCUUAAUACCUUGGAGGCACCUCGACUGUUUUGUGCUUUAUGUUUGUAUUGUAGGUCAGAGUAAAUUCGACUGUCAUGAACUGGGAAUAAACACUGUUAUCUUGUAGAAGUAAAGUAUGAACUUCAUGUCAAACUGAUGUCAAUCUGUGUUAUAGUGGUUCUAAUAAUCACGAUGGCACUCAUUGUAUACAAGCACUAGCCUGAGAAGACAGGGUCACUGAGUAUUUUCUUACAUUCACAAAGUCUAUAUAAUUAAUAAUGUAUAUUAAUAAGUAUGUAAUUAUCUAUUAUAUUUACAGUCUAUUCCUUGAUACCUGCAAACACUGCUGUGGUGGACUGUUUAGGCAUUUCACAAUGGAAAAAGCACAAAGGAGGUUGGUCAUUUAUUGACUACAUUUUAUUUGGUAAUUGUCUUGUUUUGUGUUUAAAUGUUGCUAGUAAUGGUCAGAGGUACAGCCUAUUGACUGCUUGUAGUACAGAAGUGGACCUAGAUGAGAAUCUCACACAGAUUACAUUAUUUUCUCUUUAACAAAGCUAUUCCGUUUAAAGCAUAUUUCAUAUGAAGAAAACAUUCCUACAGGUCUCUGCAAAGUAGUACUGCCGAGAGUGGAUCUAGAGCUACUGAGUGUAUGAAGCUCUGCCUUAUAUGCUGAAUCGAUCAUCAUUAGCAAUGCAAUUAUAUUUCCUUCGCUUGAUAAGUGAAUAAUGCUGUGUUAUUAUUUUGAAUUAAUUACAGACCAUUCACAUUUACAUAGUCAAAUACUAAGUUAUUGAUGGCGUCCAGCUGUGUGUAUUUUAAUGAUGUCAAAAGGACUGCUUUUAGAGAAGAUAUUAUGGUCUUUUGCGAUGUUUCCUUCUUCAGAAAAGUUUAUGACUUUAUUCAGGAGGCGGAUCGUUUAUGCAAUCCAAUUAUUAACCACCACAAUGCUUUUGUUUUAAAUUGGAUUAAUUAUGCAAAAAAUGUAAAUAAAUAGUAUCAGGAAAAAAUGUUUUAAAGCCCUUAAGUGUUAUUAUAGGAAGACUGUAAUCUUUCAGGUGUUGUAUGAAUUGUCUGCUGCAAAUCGAAAUCAUUUGUGGUCGAGUUUAUUCAUUUGGGAUGUUGUGCCAUCAGAUCAUGGACAGGAACCUCAUUUUAAUAGGAAUGUUUAUUUAUACCACAAAACAUCUGGAUAAUUCUAACUACAACUAUGUGGAUGUGUUGAAUGACAUUACUGUUUAAUGGAAAAAAAACUUUUUUUUUUUUUUUUUCAACUUUUCUCUAAAUCAUGGUUUGGGAUCUAAAGAAAUUCAUUUUAGGGGAUUUAUUCAUACACUGUUCUACUAGAGAGUUCUUCAUAAGCAUGUCACUGGAGUAGAGAGUAUGACACUGGUUCCACCUUAUCUCAGUGUUUAUGCUAUUCAUAUUGUUGUAAUGUUCAUGUUGUGUAAUGAAAUUCCAAAUUAACAUGAAACUAAAUGUGUAUUUGGUGAUGGUCUCUAUAGUGAUGUCCUGAAGAGACAGAGUCCGGCACUUUUUGGUCAUUUUCCUGUUGUAACACACUUACAAACUUACAAUAGUCAUUAUCUGCUGAGUUAAGGCAGAUUUUUUUCAGGACACCAGUAGUAUGGUAUUUGGCAUUCCAGGUCGAAAUUCCGUAUUUAUAGUUUGUAGAAAAUAUUCUGUACAUUUUUGAAAAAAUACAUAAAGGAACAUGCUAAAAAAUGGGCUCAGGUAGCAAAUAUGAGCAACUAUUGUAUGUUGUGGCUUGUUUGAAAUACACCUCGUAAACUGUUUUCAAAUUUUAAAAUAAGAAAUAAUAAUCAGCUUGAUUUUUUUAUAUCACCUUUCAUGCAUAAAUAUCACUUGAAAGUGUAUGCUUAACAUGGCAAUUUAAAAAAAAAGACACUAAAAUGAAAUAAAUAAAAUAACAAUAAGAAUCCAGUGGGGGGGAUAAUAUGUGUAUAUAUACACAUAUAUAUAUAUAUACAUGAAAAUAAGAAAUAAACAGAAACAGAAUUCAUAUAAACUAGAGUUUAUACAAGGAGGUGAGUUUGAAAAUAAAUCAUAAAGCAUAAAGAGUGUCUGAUAUUAUUUGGGAAACUGCUUCAUUUCAGGUGCAUAACACUAGAAGGCUGCUUCACCAUAUUUUUGUUGAUUUGGUGUCAAUUGGGCCUGAAGUGCUAUAGCUUUGUGAAUGAUAUAGAAAAAGGGGUUAUACAAUCUAGAAUGUAUCAAAGUGCCAAUCCAUUAAGUGCUUUAAAGUUUUGUAGCACUAUUUAAAUCGUAUCCUAAAAUACCGGUAGAUAGUGUAAGACAAUGUUUGGACCCAGUGUCAGCAUAUACAUAGAAAACAGAAGAGGGUCCCUGUAAAAAGCAUUAUAGGAUCCAAUUAUUACCAUUACUAUGAUAAGUAUGAAUAAAACCUUUUCCCUAACAGUUUUCAUGUCUAGUAAUACUGAAUGAUCAACAGCAUCACAGGCAGCAGAAUGAUCUAACAGAACAAGUACAGAUACACUGUCAUAAUCAGCACUGAGUCUCAGGUCAUUAACUACCAUCAUCAGCACUGUUUCUGUAAAGUGACAUAAUCUGUGACAUGAUGGUUAUUACUGUCAUUACACUAAACAACAAGAGGCAAUGACUUGGCAGUAUUUUGAAUAACACGGUGCAGCAUCUUGAAGGGAUGAUCACCGUCAUUCCUCACUUAUGCCACAAGUCUCUCCAUAGCAACGUGGUAUUUCUAGAAUAAUCUACUUGUGCAUCAGUAUGUACCCUGCUACAAUACUAGUUUAUCACAGGGCAUCGCAUAAACACACGUCUUCACACUUUGUUUUAAUUUGGAGUUGCCAGUCCACCUACCAGCAAGUGUUUAAACCCACGUGAACACAAACACAGUGUAUGAAACUACACUGAUAGAGUUCAGCAGAGAACCUCAGACCUAAGAAACGCUAUUUGAUAUGUCACCAUGCUGCUUAAACUUGAAACAGGCACUUAAUAAACAAAGCUUUCCUCAGUUUUGAAAAGUGUUCAGUUUUUCGGUUUUGAUUGACAACUUGGGUUUGGAUGCAUUAUAAUCUGUUUAUGCUCCAACCUACACAGUGGAUAACAACUGCCUUGUGGUAUUCAGUUUGCCAAUCUUCUGAAUAAAAGGUUGACCAUGUGCCAGAUAGAAUCAAGGUGAGGAAGUGUACAGUAAGUGAUGUACAAAAAUGACAUUUUUGUUGUGGUAUUUCGAAUGCCACCUGCUCCUUUAGAAACUGUGACAUUCACCUACUCCUGCAAACACUCUUGACCAUUCCUACCUACAUUUGCACAUACUGUGACUUUUCCUGCCUACUCCAAUAGAUAUUUCUGUUUGUAUCCACCUACACUAUUUUAACAUUUAAUCAGUUGGUCUAAUCCCCCAAAUACAUAGAAAUAGUUUACAAUUAAAUUAAACUUUGAGUCAUCUUUGCUUCUGAUUUUACUUGUUACAUUGGGACUAUACAAUACAAGGUUGGCCAGACCAAGCUUGGAUAAAAUUUGUCUGGCAAAAAGAAAAUCAUUUUCUUGAAUAAACACAGACAUGGGAUGCAAUAAAUGAAUUAGUGUGUGAUUGUGUUUUGCCAUGCACUGAGUUCAUUAAGGUUCUCUUAAAUGCAAUUUUAGACACAGCAAGGAGUGACAGAUGGCAUGGAGAUCCUUUAUGGCUAUUAGGAAUAUGUAGUGCUGCCUUAUGGUUUGGUUAACAGUGAACUGGUGAUUACAAAAUACUGAAUAUAUUGAUUUAUAACACUAAUAUUCCACCCACAAAAGAGUACAAGCAUGAGUAGUGUUGUUGAGACUACUGGGAAAUUAGUUCUUUUUAAAAUUGUUGAUUGUAUAAGACUUGUCUGCUUUUGAUGGACAUAUACUGAAACCAGCUAGGAUCAGAAUGGAGCAAAGCAUGCAUGUCAAGCAUGUUUGUAUGGCCAGUGUUCUAGAUAAUAAACCAAAUAUUUAGAGAAUUAGGAUAUGAAGUAUUUCAAGUUUUUACUGACAGAUAAUUACAA